AUGAGUGUAUGUGCAGCUCCUACAUGUGGUAAAGAAACCGACUCUCAAUUAAAAUGUCCUGUAUGUUUAAAAGAAGGAAUCUCCAAUGUAUUUUGUAAUCAAAAUUGUUUCCGUUCAAGUUGGACCAAUCAUAAAUCAAUUCAUAAAGCAGAAGAUGGUAAUGAAGAAUAUAAUCCAUUUCCUAAUUUUACCUUCUCGGGUGAUUUAAGACCUCAUUAUCCAUUGACUCCAAGAAGAGCAAUUCCUAAACAUAUCAAAUUACCUGAUUAUGCUGGUAAUGGUAGACCAAUUAGUGAGAUUAAAAAUGAUCGAUUAGGUAAAAUCCCAGUAUAUAGUGGUAAAGAUAUUGACAAGAUUAGAAAAGUGGCCAAGAUAUCAAGAGAAAUUUUGGAUAUUACUGCCGGUCAUAUUAAACCUGGGAUUACCACUGAUGAAUUAGAUGCAAUUUUACAUAAAGAAUGUAUUAAAAGAAAUGCAUAUCCUUCACCUUUGAAUUAUUAUAAUUUCCCUAAAUCAUUUUGUACUUCUAUAAAUGAAGUUAUUUGUCAUGGUAUUCCCGAUAAGACAAAAUUACAAGAUGGUGAUAUUAUUAAUUUAGAUGUUACCAUUUAUUAUUUAGGUUUCCAUUCUGAUCUUAAUGAAACUUAUUAUGUUGGUGAUAAAGCAAAAGCCAACCCCGAUAUUGUAAGAUUGGUUGAAACAACAAGAGAAGCCCUUGACUUGGCUAUUGCUUAUGUGAAACCGGGAAUUGCAUUCAGAGAAUUAGGUAAUAUAAUUGAAGCCCAUGCAUCCAAAAACAAUUGUUCAGUUGUAAGAACUUUCUGCGGACAUGGCUGUGGAGAAUUAUUUCAUUGUCAACCAAAUAUUCCUCAUUAUGCCAAGAAUAAAGCUGUUGGUAUAGCUAAGCCAGGUAUGGUUUUCACUAUUGAACCAAUGCUUAAUUUGGGAACUUAUAAGGAUUUACAAUGGCCUGAUAAUUGGACGGCGGUUACACAAGAUGGGAAACCAUCGGCUCAAUUCGAACAUAUGUUGUUGGUGACUGAAGAUGGGGUUGAAGUAUUGACUGCAAGAACAGAAACUUCUCCUGGUGGUCCAAUACCUAGAAUUUAG